UGAUGGUUAGUCCAAGUCCAGGCGAAAUAAUAAACUUUUAUGUUAUAUUUUCAACUAUCUCUCAAUUCAUUUAAGAUUUCUAAAUUAAUGCAAGUCUUAAAAUGUUAUCUUUAUAAUACUUUUUCUCCUCCCGCACUUGUGUCGUGAUCAUAUAAAAAAAUAGGUUGAUCCCGAGUAGUUGUUUGCAAAACAAAGUAAAAUCACAUUACCAUGAUGAGUGUCAACAUAGAGUUUGAAGAUCCAGGAAUAUGUCGUGGCUGUCUCAGUUCAGACAGGAAGCUUGCUUCUGUGGCUUCUGGCGACCUGUACUUUUCUCUAUUGACAGAAGAGCAAAAACUGGAAGCAUUAACCAUACCGCAGAUACCUCUGUGUUGGGAGUGUAUGGCUGUGCUGAACAGGACGUGCAGGUUUAAAGCCCAAGUUCAAAAUGCGCACAAAAUUCUGCAAGAAUCUUUACAACUUUCGCCAACAAAACCUACUCUUUCUUCACUUAUGGUCCAUCACAAAUUUGAAUAUGACGCUGUUCUUGAAGAAGGCACACCAUCUGAAGAACCAUCAGUUGUCAUUGAACAAAAACCAACUAUAAAAGAUGAAAAAAUAAAAGUUAUCAUACCCACAAAGUAUAAAGCUACAGUUACAACAAACAAUGUAGAAAAUGUAAAAAGUUUCAAAGAUGUUAUAAAUGAUCUUUUAAAAAAUGUGAAAAUUGAUGAAGAUGCUGAUACUGAACAUCCCAGUAAUGACAGUGAUGAUGAUGAAGGUGAAGAUAAUUUUGAAGCUGAUGAUACAAAUUAUAGUUCAUCUGAAGAAAUGUCAGAUUUUGAAGAUGAUACUCUGAAGCAAUUACCAAAAGCUGCUAAGAAUACUAAGAAUAGUUUACCAGUAGUAAUACAAAAUAAAAAUGAUGUAACCAUUACAAAAACAGUCACUAAACCCCAAAACCGAAAAGUGGACACAAAGAAAAUAGAAGUUCCAUUGAUUAAAACUCCUGCAAUGCUAAAAUUGGAAAUGGAGUUAAAGAAGCACAUGAGUGUUAUGAAGGUUGCACCAAAAGAGGCAACAAUUAACUCGCAAAAGAAACGUGAUGAAAAAAAAGUGACCAAUGACAAAAAUAUCCGUAAAUCAAAUCCGUCUGAUGAAGACGAGCCAAAAAGAAAAAAACAAAAGCAGUCAGAGUUAGAUCCAGAUUUUGAUGUAGACGGUGAUGAUGAUUAUGCUACAGAUGAUAGUGAAGAAUUUAAAGCAACUGGCAUAAAGAAAAGUGCAGAAGAUGAUGGCAAAACAGAGAAACAACGUAAAUUUAGGAAAACAAUUACACGUUAUAAAAAUAUUGCAGAAGUGUCCUCAUAUUUUACAGAAAUCGAAAUGAGUGAGCAAGAAAUAAAGAGCGCUUUAGACAAGGAUGAUGCAAUCGUUAGAGAUAAGAAACCUAAAAAAUGUAACAUAUGUGGAGUGCUGUUUGGACAUAGGAGAGCCUUAAUGUAUCAUGGGUUGAGGUUACAUAAAAGCAAUCAUCCCGGCCAAUACAGAAAAGGAGAUUGGUACAACCCACCACUAGUUUAUCCUGAGAAGUCCGUCUGGCGCUGCCACCUUUGUGCCAGAAUGAUGCGGAAGGAACACACAGUCGCUCACAUGGAUGAGUACCAUAGGACUCAGUAUUUCUGCAAUGGAGAUGGGUGUGAAUGGUGCGAGAGGCCUUUUUGGGAAAAGGAAGAUUUUGACCAGCACUGGGAAGAAAUUCAUAAGCAGGCUAUAUGUGACUACUGUGAAAAAAACAAGAGGUGCAAAAAGUAUUUGGAGGCGCAUAUGCAAAAAUCCCACGCUAAACGACUAAAAUACGUCAUCGAAAAAAGUACUCAAUGCAAGAUAUGCUUAAAGACAUUGUCCUCGCGCGCUUUGAAGAACCACAUGUUAUACGUACACGAGCAGUAUAAGGAGCCAGUAGAGCAGCGGUACUGUGUCGAGUGUGACACGACCUUUAAGAGGAUUUCCAUCUUUAAGAAGCACUUUCUUGAGAACCAUUCGGGCGUGCCUAAACCUAAGUAUCCGUGCGAACAUUGCGGAAAAGUGAUGUCCAACAAAACUACGUUCCAAAACCAUGUACGGCUCUUCCAUGAAGGCAAGACCGACUACUGCUGUCACAUCUGCGGCAAGUAUUUCUCGAAGGCAGACAGUCUGAAAAGGCAUUUGGACAUGCACAACAAUGUAAAACAACCGAAGACUAAGAAGUGCAACAUAUGCGGACGCUUGUUUUUGAACAACUUAAUUCUACGUUACCAUAUGUACACACACACGGGCGAGCGACCGUUCCAAUGUCCGCACUGCGAAACGGCUUUCUCGCAGCCGCACUGCCUUCGUACGCACUUGAUGAAACAGCACAACAUUGACGCCAGGGUGAAAUCGGACGGGACGAUCACUGAAAUAACUGGGACGGAAAUAGUAGAUUGUGUCACAAUCUCACUGUCUCCGCACGCAUUUGCUGAAACAGUACAACGUCGACGCGAGGGUGAAAGGGGACGGGACGAUCACUAA